UUCCCCGCAGAAGGAGCCUAACUGCAUGUUAAAAAGCUCAACAAAUACUCUUAAAGAAAAGCAAAGGAAAAAAGCGCCGCCCGGGCUGCGAGUGAGCUCCAGACUCCCAGAGCUGCAGAGUCCGCUCCUGGCUGGAGCAGUUGGGCGGGCCGAGUCGGAAGGAAAACUCCAAGGCUGCGGACGGCCAAGUGCAGGUCCGGGUCUCGGCCGCGUUCCCGGCUCACUUUCUCUUUCAUUCCGAAAUGGUCCCUGCUCCUGCAACUCGCUGCCUCCCAUGUCAAGUCGAGCACAAGAUUCCUUGGAGGCUCCAGCCAGGCUUUUAAGAACCGGGGCUCCGUGAAGCUGAGGAAGUGGAGAGGCUGGCGGCCAUGCGUUCUGAUUCCCUGGUCCCGGGCACCCACACCCCGCCCAUCCGGAGGAGAAGUAAGUUUGCCAACCUGGGAAGGAUUUUCAAGCCUUGGAAAUGGAGGAAGAAGAAAAGUGAAAAAUUCAAACACACGUCAGCAGCCCUGGAAAGGAAGAUAUCAAUGAGGCAAAGCAGAGAGGAGCUGAUCAAGCGAGGAGUCCUGAAGGAAAUCUAUGAUAAAGAUGGGGAGCUCUCCAUAUCAAAUGAAGACGACUCCCUGGAAAACGGACAGUCUCUGAGCUCCAGCCAGCUGUCUCUGCCCGCCCUGUCCGAGAUGGAGCCAGUCCCCAUGCCCAGGGAUCCCUGCUCAUACGAGGUGCUCCAAGCUUCAGACAUCAUGGAUGGGCCAGUGUCUGAAGAGAGUCCCUCUGCCAGUGACUCUGGAGUCCUCCUGUCCCAAGAUCCUUCAGCCAAACCAGUCCUGCUACUGCCCCCCAAAAAACCUGCUGCUUUCUCUGGAGACCAUGAGGAGACCCCAGUGAAGCAGCUGCCCCUUCUCAAGCAACCCCCGGCCCUGCCUCCCAAACCCACUGCCAGGAUGGCCAGCCACUUAACAGAUCCUGGCGCCCCUGUGAAAUUGCCUUGUCUGCCAGUGAAACUGUCGCCUCCGCUACCUCCAAAGAAAGUCAUGAUCUGUAUGCCCGUGGCGGGGCCGGAGCUCUCCCUGGCGUCCUACACAGCCCAGAAGAGCGGCCAGCAGGGCGUGGCCCAGCACCACCACACAGUCCUGCCCUCGCAGAUCCAGCACCAGCUGCAGUACGGCAGCCACGGCCAGCACCUGCCCUCCUCCACUGGCUCCCUCCCCAUGCACUCCUCUGGCUUCAGGAUGAUAGAGGAACUGAACAAAACGCUGGCCAUGACCAUGCAGAGGCUGGAAAGCUCUGAGCAGCGCGUCCCCUGUUCCACUACUUACCACAGCUCUGGUUUGCACUCUGGUGAUGGUGUCACAAAAGCAGGACCUUUGGGCCUUCCAGAAAUAAGACAAGUGCCAACUGUUGUGAUUGAAUGUGAUGACAAUAAAGAAAAUGUGCCUCACGAGUCAGACUACGAAGACUCUUCUUGCCUGUACACGAGAGAAGAGGAGGAAGAGGAGGAGGAGGAGGAGGAUGACAGCUCGUUGUAUACCAGCUCCCUGGCCAUGAAGGUGUGCAGGAAGGACUCCUUAGCCAUCAAACUCAGCAACAGGCCCUCCAAGCGAGAGCUGGAAGAAAAGAACAUCCUCCCCCGGCAGACGGAUGAGGAGAGGCUGGAGCUGAGGCAGCAGAUCGGCACCAAGCUCACCAGGCGGCUGAGCCAGAGGCCGACUGCGGAGGAGUUGGAACAGAGGAACAUUCUGAAACCUCGAAAUGAACAAGAGGAACAAGAAGAGAAAAGAGAGAUCAAGAGAAGGCUGACUCGGAAGCUCAGUCAGAGGCCCACGGUGGAAGAACUGCGGGAACGGAAGAUCCUUAUCCGCUUCAGUGACUACGUGGAGGUGGCCGACGCUCAGGACUAUGACCGCCGGGCAGACAAGCCGUGGACCCGCCUCACUGCUGCCGACAAAGCUGCCAUCCGGAAGGAGCUCAAUGAAUUCAAAAGCACCGAGAUGGAGGUUCACGAGUUGAGCAGACACUUAACAAGGUUCCACCGACCUUAACAGUCGAAUUCCUCUUGAGUGCUAUGCUGUCUUCAAAACAUAAAUUUAUAAGAACCAUAAGUGCUGGUAUUUAUUCACUCCCCAUUACGAUGUAAAUCUUCUGAACUGCCUUUUUUAAAAAAAAAAAAGAAGAAGAAGAAAAAUAAAAGGAAACACAAUCAGGAUUCUAUGUGUGCAAAAAGCAAUGGGGACCACUCCACGGUCAGAGCUGCUGGCGCCACGUCUGAUUCUGAAACGUGUCACACCCCCGGCGGGGCCCCCAACCGAAGACUUCCCAGCAGGUGGCACGGUCCUCAUCCCCUCCGUCCAUCCCGGCAGGCUCCAAGUUCACUUCCUCUCCUGUGAACCUCAAGAUUGUCUCCUGAGGCCAAAGAACGCAGAGACCCGAGGAGGAGGACAUGGGGCAGAAAGGUCAUGACCCGGCUGACCUUCCUGACUCCGCCCAAUGCAUCAUCUUGUAGGGGGUUCUUUGGAGGAGUGACGGGAGGGAGGGAGUGCCUCUCAAAGGUCCCUGUCCCUUUUUCUUCUUGCAACCAUUGCCCGCACAGGGGAUGAAAGGGCAGCGCCCUCGGGGAGGGGUCUGUGGCUUCCUAGGAGGGUGCGUGCUCUCGGCGUGCAAGGCUGGCACUGCGAGCCCAGCCUGCCCCUCCAGUCUGAGCCGAGCCAUACUGCUGGAGACUGGGUCAGGAGAGGGAAGGGUCCAGGUGCCCUGCUCUGUUGCUUCAAAUUGGCUUCUCUGAGUUCGGGAAGCCCAGCGUCAGGGGUGGACGGGCACACACAGCCGUCACCAAGCUCAGUCUCUGUGAUUGUCCCCAUGGGCAUGCAGGACCGUGUGUGGCUGAUGAGCCUCGUCCCCGUGCUCUGCAGGGCCAGCCCUGGUAUGGCUCGGAAGCUGGUGCCUUCUAAGUGUAGGACCAGUGUAUCCAGGCCAGAAACCAUUGUUCUAAGUCCAGCUCUGCAGCCGUGAGGGGCUGGAACCCUACAGCCAGCCGCUGGCCUUCCAUUCUCCUUUCUUGGCACUCAGGAGCAUCUGGGGAGAAGCCCUAGAGUUCGGCAUGUGCCAGAGUCAGGCAAACACCAGCCACGCCUGCCUGAGGCAGACCUGCCUGCCUCCGCUGCUCCAGAGAGAAUCCAUCUCCCGCCUCUCUCUCUCUCUCUCUCUCAUCUGCCUCAGUGCACGUGAGAGUGAUUAGAGAUGUAGCUCUACCCGCCCCUCACCCUAGGGCCCCGGGAAGGCCGCGCUGGGUUGGUGGGGACAUGGGAGGCACUGUGGCCGGGGGCAGGAUGCUCCCAGUCCCUGCGAGAUACCCUGCAGCAGCCCCUGGGCCGGCUUCUUUGUCUCCUAGCAGAGCUCUGCCCGGCCUCCGGAGGGGUUCCAGAGUUGCCAUGACCUUCCUAGGUGCUGGCUUGCUGUUCCACCCCACCCAUACACCCACACACACCCAGGAUUUUUAAAAGAUGCCAUCUUGGCCUUCCCGUGGCACGCGGCACGUGGGGGCAGGGUACUCUUAGGGUGCACACUCAUCAGUGUGGCCAUGGGGUUUUUCUGCAGGCUUGGAUGGCUCCCGUGGCGAGCACUGAGCCUGGAACCCGACAGACCUUGGCGGGGAGCUCAGGGCAGCCCUCAGGCAGCGCCCCCACCCCGGCGCUCUCCGUGCCGCCUGGAGCGAACUAAGAUGUGUUCUUGCCUUUGAAUGUUGACUCCGGAUAGUUCCUGCCUAUGGGGAGAAAAGGGGAUGUUGUUCAGGGAAAACGUGGUCAGGAUUUUAGUGGGGCUGUGAACGCAGUCUUCCCGAAAGGCUUACUGACGUUUGAAUGUGCAAAUGGUAUGACGGAAGAGGUGGGGCUCUUCCGUUGAACUUGUCCGGGGCAGGCGGGCGAGCGCGUGGGCCAGGCGGACGUGUCCACCUGGCUCGGGCUCAGGGUCUGGUUUUCUCCAGCUGGCAGAGCUGUGCCUCCAGCAGCACACGGUGCCCUGCUGUGACAGUCGGGCCUUGCGCUGGCCGGGUGCAGGUCCUAAGGGAACGCAUUCCAUUGGCCUUGACUCCUCCCUCGAAGGCCCGGCGCCUCUCUGCUGGCCUCAGUUCUUGGGCUUUUAGGUUCUCCAGAAAUCUAAGGCCCAGGUCCACCUCCCUGCAGCAGCCACCCAGGUUUGUCGGCCCCAGGGGCCCCAGUGCUGCCGUGUGCUUCGUGCACAGAAGCAGUGGAGCACUGUUCCCACAGAGCUCGCUUGCAAAGAGCCAGGGGUGCACCUGCCAGGUUGCUGCAAGGUCGCCCCUCCCCCCACAUCGGGGCGGGCCCUUUCGAGCCCUCAUUCAGUGGCUCUCACACAGGCUCAGCAACCCCAUGUUCUGCAGCAUGGAGGGAGGGGGGUGGGGGGCUCUGCUCCUCUUUCUUCAAACCCCCAGGUCUUCCUACAUGCUUCUUUUGGGCCACGGUGUCAGGAUAACGAAGCAAUUUGUGUCACUUUCCAAGAUGACAGCUUGACUUUAAUCACGAUAAAGAAAAUGCAAGAGGUGGCUUGGGUAGCCCGGAAGGCAUCCUUUCUCUGGAAAAGCUUCUGUUUCCUGUUAAUUUGGGGUAAGCUCCCAGCUGAGCAUCUUGUCAUUUGGAUUCACAGGUAAAGGAAACACGUGGAAUGUCUUAAAUCAGAUGUGUCCUGCUCACAGCCAGGCACGGUCCCAAACCCCUUCCCCCAGAGAAUCAACCAAAUGUCUUCUUGCCAGAUGCUGAUAUUUUUUUCCUCUCCAAAGGCCCUCCAAUGGCCUGUGAAAAGUGUCAGACUUCAGCCGUUCUGGUCAGAUCAGAGAAACCAAACGGCGCGAGGGUAAAUGUACGAGAAGCUCCGAGUCUCUCUUUCUCCCGCUUAGGAACGUGUGUUUAUAUUUGCCAAAUGAAACUCGUGGUGUGUUGCGGUGGUGCGUGGAGUUCCAGGCCCUCCCUGUGCACAGCUAGUGGGCAAAGACCACUUUCAAUGACCCUUCCUUCCUGUCUAUCUCUUCCCCAAACGGGUUGCUUCCCCGGGCGUCUGUACAUAGUUUGUCUUUGUAUAGGAGUGAGUGUGGUGACCGUCAGUCCCAGGCUCGAACUUAGCAAGGAUGGCUGUAUGAAGAAGACCCUGUAUAUAGAAAACAAAUGAAACUGGAUCUCUGUGGCCUAGGUUUUGUACAUACAGAAACUGCAUGGUAUUUAAAUUAUUGUUUGUCUCUGAUGAUGUAUGCAGUUUCUUUAAAAACAAA